AUGGCAACGUCCUCCGUUUUGAUCGCCAAUUUGAAUGUUCUCCGCUGUAACGUCACCGUCUACAAAACCCCAAACCUCAAGGGCGCAGCGAUAGAGAUCAGAAGCGUGGAAGAGUUCUCUUGGCUGAACGCUUCUUACUCUCCCGUUGUUAAGCAGCUGCUGGAUACAGACUCGAGAGCUUACUACUUCGGGGACCAAGAAACAAACUCUGAGCCAAAAGCGAGGAACCCGAAGUACUUGUCAUUACUAAACCACCUCAGAUUCUACAUUCCCGAGAUCUAUCCUCAGCUGGAAAAGAUCGUUUUCCUAGACGACGACGUUGUUGUUCAGAAAGAUUUGACUCCACUCUUCUCCUUAGACCUUCACGGAAACGUCAACGGAGCCGUGGAGACGUGUCUUGAAGCCUUUCACCGUUAUUACAAGUACCUAAACUUCUCUGACCCUCUCAUCAGCUCAAAGUUCGAUCCGCAAGCGUGCGGAUGGGCCUUUGGUAUGAACGUUUUCGAUCUCAUAGCGUGGAGGAAAGCGAACGUGACUGGUAGGUACCAUUACUGGCAAGGGAAGAACAGAGAGAGAACGCUUUGGAAGCUAGGGACUCUUCCUCCGGGUCUGUUGGCUUUCUAUGGUCUCACCGAGCCGCUAGACAGAAGAUGGCAUGUCUUGGGGUUAGGCUACGAUGUCAACAUUGAUAACCGUUUGAUAGAAACCGCGGCUGUGAUUCAUUAUAAUGGCAACAUGAAGCCUUGGCUAAAGAUUGGUAUUGGUAGGUAUAAACCUUUUUGGUUGAAGUUUUUGAACUCUAGCCAUCCUUAUUUACAAGAUUGUGUCACAGCUUAGAAGAAAAAAGACUUUUUGAGAGAGUUGAGAAGAUUCUUAUACACUUUGAAGAUUCUUUUU